AAAGUGUACAGCGUAUUCUGGACCUUAACACACCCUCGAAAUAUAGCUCAUGAGUCUGGCUAAUGACUGAUUUUCCAUCUGCCAUAUGUCUUGCGGUCUAAUAUAUGCGCGAGACAAGGCGCGGUAAUCGUGGACGAGAGCCGCCAUCCCGCAAGGGCGUUGCAACGUCAUGUGAAGCCGUCGGCGACUAUCAAUCCGAGCUAAAGGUACUGUCACAUUAAUAUUGAAAUGAAAGUCUGUCCAGUACGAUCAAAGCCAGAAGAAACGGCACAGAAUUCAAUUUGAUCUUUCACACUUCAAAGCUCCGCUGGCUUGUGCGUGCUCAUGAAUUACGAGUCGGCGAAUUCCAUUCUUUAUUAACAUUCAUGAGGUCCCUUCACCCAAGAAUGCAUUUUAACGUGGGCAUUCAUCAGGCGGUUGAAUCAGCGGUCGUUCUGGAUUGUAGAGUACAUGGUAGGUAUGAAAGACAACAAGCUUUUUAGCAAGCCCAUCCACGCCACUGGAAUGAGUCAAUGGUCAUAGGAGGUCUUGAAUGUCGAAAAAAAUGUUGCAGCAGAAUGUCACUGUCUAAGACAGCAUGUGGACAAGCCAAUCCGAGAAGCAUGCGCGCCUCAAAGGUCUGUGUUUAAUUUCCACAAGCAAUACAGUUACGGCAUGUUCUUGGCUCAACCACGACAUCGGGUCCGUGUUGUUAUUUUUGCCCAGUAUUGCUGUCAAGUCGGAUUUUGUAUAAAGUAUGGUGGAUUGGAACGUGUGAAAUCGAGAUCUAGGAAUAACCACACUCAUUUUGUUUUUGGAUUUACAGUUGGGACGUUAUUUGAAGUUACACGCAAGCCAUCCCUGGUCAUCUCCCUCAUCAUGUUGACCAAGAUCCUCCUCGCCGGGCUUAUCCCCGGCGUGAUGGCGAAGCCCGUUGCGUUAUCCUCUUCCUCGGCCAAGAUCCCUUUCUCAACGGCUGCAGCUGAGAAGCCCAAGGUUCCGGCCAACCAAAACAAAGGUCUUGAUGGAAGUUAUCCAGUGGCGGCCGUUCCAUACGCAGCCGUACCACUGUCAUCGGCGGUAACAUCCGUAUCAUCAGCGGUAUCGUCUAUCUCAACAGUCGUCUUACCGUCAUCUCUGGCCGUUGAGGACGCUCCUGUCGUGCCUGUGCUGUCCGUUGCAUCCUACCCGGUCGCACCGGUAUCAGCACCCGUGGCUACCGUCCAAUCAUUCCCAGUUCAAGAGGUUUAUGUCGUCAAGACUCCAGUCGUGCAACCCAGUCUGGCCGUUUCGACUUCCUCCCUACGCGAACUGCCUUACAGCAUCAAGUCGCCACCAGUCCAGGUUCCAGUUUCGACGCGAAGUGUGGCCCCUACAACUCUAGUCCAGCUUCCGUAUACCAUCAAGACCCCAGCAGUUCAAGUUCCUGUACAGUCGUACCCGGUCGCUUCAAACGCGGCCGCGGAACUGCCAUACGGUGUCAAGUCUGCUGUCCCAUACGCCGCAAGCUCACCUGUAUCUGUAGUUGCGGCUGUUCCGUACGCUGCCAGCUCACCUGUAUCUGCGGUUGCAGCUGUUCCGUAUGCCGCAAGCUCACCUGCAUCUGCAGUUGUCGCUGUUCCAUAUGCCGCAUCAUCGCCUGCUAUUGCCUAUGCCGCAUCAUCAGUAGCAGCUGUUCCGUACGCCGCAAGCUCACCUGCAUCCGCAGUUGUCGCUGUUCCGUACGCUGCAUCAUCGCCUGCUAUUGCCUAUGCUGCAAGCUCACCUGCCGUAUCAGCCUUAUCCGCAGCGGCCACGCCAUAUCGUGCCUCGUCUGCCGUAUCAGCUCCAUAUGGUGUGGCCUCAUCUGCCGCGUCUCCUUCGGAGUGGCAACCCGAUACUGUUGCACCUUCUGCGAAGGACGUAUGCGCCCAAGGUUGCAUAGCCGAAAGAUGUGAAGAUAAGAAGCACCACUUCGCAGAAUGCAAAGCCCUGUGUAUCACGGACUGCAAAGUAAACGGCCCUUCAGACACCGCCAGCAGCAAAGACAAGACUACCGCCAAAAACCCUGCCAUUCCAGACCACGGAGUCACCACUCCUGCUAUUGGUGCUGGCGAGUUGACGUGGGAGUCUUGCAUGGAAGCUUGCGACACCCAAUUCCAGUACACUGAAGUUACCGGACCUACAUACAAUGGCAACCAGAAGUGUGUCAAGCAAUGUGCUGCCUACCGCAGGUCAGGAGCAGAGCUUUACGAGAAGAGGGAAGUCGAGGCCAUUGCUGAGAGAAAGGUCAAGAGCCCCCCUGCCGAGCCCAAGAUCACUGCCGGAACCGCCGCCUAUGAACAGUGCGUUAAGGCUUGCAGCGGUAAAUGGCAGGGCACCGAUGCCGUCCCGAAUACCAUCACGGGCGAGAGCAGCUGUGCUAGUGGCUGUGCCAGGAAAUUUCUAGAUGGCGCCGAAGCAUCAGUGAAGCGAGAUGUCGAAAACAUUGUUGAAAGAGAAGCUAAGAAGGUUGCUCCCAAGCCAGCCCAGUCCGAGAUCAUUGCUGGAACCUCUGCCUAUGAACAGUGCGUCAAGGCUUGCAACGGCAAAUGGCAGGGCACCGAUGCCGUCCCGAACACCAUCACAGGCGAGAGCAGCUGCGCCAGUGGCUGUGCCAGGAAAUUCUUAGAUGGCGCCGAGGCAUCAGUGAAGCGAGACAUAGACGUCGAGGAUAUCGUCGACAAGAAGCGCGAGGGGAUCGAGGCCGAGGUCGAGGCGAAGACCGACGCGCUCAUGCCACGGAAGGUCAAGAACAACCCCCCUACCGGCCCCAGCGUCUUCGCCGGAAGCGCGGCCUUCGAGUCAUGUGUCAAGGCCUGCAAAAAGAAGUGGCAGGGCACCCAGGCCACGCCCAACACCUACACGGGCGAGAGCCACUGCGCGCAAAGCUGCUCCCGCGGCGUCAAAUACGGCGCGGAUGCCAUCGUCAAGAGGGACGCCGUACCCUUCCCUUUCGAAGCGUAAACGGCUGCUUGCGUCGCCUCUCCCUUCCUGAAGCUGUCUCCGGUCCUCACAGCAAAAAAAGCUUUCUCGUCUUAGAAAAUUUAAUGUCUUCAACAUAGUGUAUGGGUUCGAUAAUGGAGGGAUGAUUAGUGGUGGCUGUGCUUAAUGGGUUUCAUGAUAGAUUGAUUGCAAUCAUAUCCUUCUUUUGUGUUUUUAUCGAUAUGUUAUUUUUCUCUACUAUUCAUUAGCUUGAGAGCAAGGGAGGAAAAGGCUGGGGGUGGAAUUAGAUAUAUUAUAUUAUGCCUACAAGUUAUAGGCUUCACGAAUUGAAUGAAAUAGGUUAACACGACCGCUUCGAACAGAACAUCGUGACGAUGUUGUAAGAAUCCAAGGCAAAGCGAGAGAACCAUAAUGAUGGGGCCAGAGUCGACAAUCGAGGUUAUGAUCUUUGAAAUAG